AGUGCUUGUAGUAGAAAUUCCCAAGAACCAUGAAGUGUUUUAUUUCGAGCUCGUCAGAUAAACUCAAAAGGGAAACAAAGGCAGCUUAAACCUCCUCCGCAGAUGUUGGGUGUUGCGAAGCGUGUUGCCUAAACGACUAAAUGACCAGACUCGCUCGUUUUCCAACACUUCCUCGACGUAUAACACGGGACCUGCGUGCUCAGCUGGAUUGGUUCAUCAUCACAACAUCGGUUAUCAGUCUGCUGCCUGCCUGCUCUCCGUUUCACAAACAGCUAGCUAGCUGUUGUACUCACCGCGGCUGAAGGAGGACAGGGGGCUCCACUAUUCUGACUUGUAGGCCUAAGUAACACGUCAAGGCACCAUUCCCCUCCGGAGGUUCCCGUCUGAUGGAGCAGUGGUUGUUUGUCUUUGUGAAGAGGCACCAUGUUUCCUUGUCACGUAACCCCCUGGCCCUCUGCUGAGCCGCCGGCCUCCUGCGGCAGCCAUGCACCCCCAGCGCAGCCCUCGCAACCCCUUCCUGAUCUGCUGUGCAGCUGUCCGGCUCCACCUUUGAACACCCACUCCGAGACGCCCUCCCCAGACCCCAUGGAGUCCGUCAUCGUGGUCACAGAGUACGAACCCAGCAGGCCACCUGGAGAGGCUGGGGAGGAGGAGGUAGAAGACAUGGACAGCUCGGAGACGCCUGAGCCAGCUUCCUCCGUGGCAGCACCUUUCCGUACUCCAUCCUGCGACCUGCUGUCCCACACAGUUGGCCGGCAAAAGGCUCUUCUACCCGAAAGCCAAGAGCAAAGGGGGAGAUUAAAUCUGUCAGACAGGAAACUGUCUCUGCAGGAGCGCUCGCAAACUGCAACAUCACCCUGCAACUCCCCAGGACUCAACGGGCGCUAUAUUUACCCAUCAUUACCUUACUCCCCCAUCACAUCACCCCACUCCUCUCCCCGCUUGCCCCGCCGGCCCACCGUGGAGUCCCACAGUGUUUCCAUCACUGAUCUCCAGGACUGUGUUCAACUCAACCAGUACAAGCUAAAAGACGAGAUUGGAAAGGGCUCCUAUGGUGUCGUCAAGCUAGCUUACAAUGAAGACGACAACACAUACUAUGCGAUGAAGGUGUUGUCCAAGAAGAGGCUGAUGAGGCAGGCAGGUUUCCCACGGAGACCUCCCCCUCGUGGAGCCAGAGCAGUCCCUGAAGGCCCCCCUCAGCCCAAAGGACCCUUGGAGCGGGUUUAUCAGGAGAUUGCCAUUCUGAAAAAGCUAGACCAUCCUAAUGUAGUGAAACUAGUAGAGGUUUUGGAUGACCCCAGCGAGGACCAUCUGUACAUGGUGUUUGAGCUGGUCAAGCAAGGGGCUGUGAUGGAGGUGCCGACAGAUAAACCUUUCAGCGAGGACCAGGCUCGCUUUUUCUUCCAGGAUCUGCUCAGGGGAAUCGAGUAUUUACAUUACCAGAGGAUCAUCCACAGAGACAUCAAACCCUCUAAUCUGUUGGUGGGAGAAGAUGGACACAUCAAGAUAGCAGACUUUGGAGUCAGUAACCAGUUUGAAGGGGCUGAUGCCCUCCUGACAAGCACGGUGGGAACACCUGCUUUCCUUGCCCCCGAAGCACUCUCUGAGACCAGAAAGAACUUCUCUGGAAAGGCUUUGGAUGUCUGGGCCAUGGGAGUGACGCUUUAUUGCUUCGUCUUUGGAGUGUGUCCAUUUAUGGAUGAGCGCAUCAUUGCUCUUCAUCAGAAAAUCAAGACACAACCAGUGGAGUUACCUGAACACGCUCACAUAUCUGAUGAUCUCAAAGAUUUGUUGCUGAAAAUGCUGGACAAGAAUCCAGAGACCAGAAUAUCAAUCCCACAGAUUAAGGUGCACCCAUGGGUGACAAGGCACGGUGCUGAGCCCCUCCCUCUAGAGGAUGACAACUGUUGUAUGCUGAUUGAGGUGACGGAGGAGGAAGUGGAGAAUUCUGUUAAACACAUCCCAAGCCUGGCGACAGUGAUCCUAGUGAGAACUAUGCUAAGGAAGCGCUCCUUCGGGAACCCCUUUGACUGGGGCCGUAAAGAGGACCGCAGCAGUUUGUGCGCUCCGGGACAAACGCUCACGAAACAGCAGAGUGGUGAUGGCAUGAGGAGUAUGGACCUGCCCUACGUGGGAGAAGAUGAGGCUCUUUCCUGAUGCAGAGGGUUUAUUAUGCACGCUGGUAUCUGCCAGCCUGCAACCACACAGCACGACACCCCUUUACUCACAGUUUUUUACUGUCAGCCUACACCUACGUACGUUUCCUGGGAGGUGGACAAGUUUGGCGAACACAGGAAAAAAAAGGGAGAUAUUAAGGAUGUAAGACACUUUGACAACCAUUUUAAAGCUUUUAUUGCAUUCUGUACUCUUGCAAGGCUCAGUUUGGGGUUUUGGGACUUCUUUGACGUGGAAAAUUUCCAGGAGAGGAUCCUCCUGACUCUUGAACCUGUCUUCAGACCUUCUUACCCAACGCACUCUCCUCCCCCUUUAUCUUGUAUGCAUUUAUAGUCCUAGCAUGCUCUGUCUCAGGCUUCAAUUGUAUAGUUUUGUGUUUAAUCGUAGUUUAGCCACUUGUGUUUCUCCUUGUCUUUACUUGACAAUUCUUUCAGGUAUACAGGGCAUGGGAACAGAGGGUGGUGGUGGUGUAUGCGGAGGGAGGGUUGCGUAAGUCAGUGAGUCAGUCUCCACCAUCACCUCGACAUUCUCUUUAGUAGAGCAGGUUUCUUGACAAUGAUUGUCUGGUUCACUCUGCCUCAGAUUGGCAGUGCCCAGUUUUGUAACAUAUUUUCAAGUGAAGAAUCUGUACAGUUUUCCCAAAAUGUAAAAAAAAGGGGAGUGAUAAAAUGUUUACUUCAUUGAAUGCAUGUGUUUACUUUCCCAGUGCAAACACUGUAUAAGCUAUUUAAACAUCUGCACGCUCAUAGAGAGAACUGUUUGAUGCAAUUUUUCUUCUUUUCAGUCUUACCACUGGCGUUUUUAUUAAGUCUCCCAUUUACUAUUACAAUAGAAAGCUUUAAAGACAGUCGAUAUAGUGAUUUGUGAACAAUCAUAAAGUUCUUCAUUACUGCAUACAAGGUACUAUAGGAAAAAAUUGGAUUUAAUUCUUUUGCAAAGCUAGUGCUUCUGGUGAAUCUUUAAGUGAAUUUUUAUGUGUUUGUUAUAAUAAAUUCAUUACAAUUUGAGUAAUGGAGGUACUGAUCUACCAAAUGCAUAUAUGAGAAAAACAGAAUGUGUUGGUGCAAAAUUAUUCUGUAGCCAUUGCCCGCAAUGGUUAAAAUAGUUUUUUUAUUAUUAUUAUUAUUUAUUUCAUAAAGUGCAAAUCGACAAAAAAGAUUAUGUGUCGCAAUUAUGAGGAACAUGUUUCAAAUAUGUCAUAUGUUUGUCUCACUUCUCAGAGUGGAUGUUCAUAUGUAGACUGAAAACAGAAAGCGAUGACUAUUGAACCUCAAGUUAAAAUUGUGAAUGUUCUUAUUUGUUUUACUUGUUUUGUAUUUUAAGAGGCACUGGCAUUAUUUUAAAACCGCACAUUUUCACAACACCAAAAACUUAAUUAUGUAUAAUUUUGUAAAGUAUAGUAAUUUAAAGAAAACAAACCUUUAAUCUAUUUGUCCGCUGUUGAAUUAUUAGAGCUGGCUACCCAAGUAAGUGUUGAGAUGGAAGCAUAGUGCAGCUGCAGACUUUUUGUACAAAUCUAUGCAUGACAUAUCUAUAGAAGUGUUGAAAUUUAAAAAAACGUGUCAUCUUUUGGGAGGAGUAGGCCACUCUGCAAAUAUUUCUAAUGAAUUAUAAAGUACUUUUGCUUUUGUAUUUAUUCUAGUGUUUCAUUUUAAAUAUGAUCCCAAAGUAAAUUAGCAUUUUUCCACUUUUGUUCCUUUUGUUUACCCUUCAUUUGCUUUUUUUCCAUGUUCUCAAAGAUGUUAGUAUAGAUUAAGUCACUGGAUGUGUCUCUAGUUAAUAUAGAAUAUUGACACAAUAUUGAUUAUAACAUGUAAUGCUUCCACACACUAAUUACUUCAGCACUUAAGUGUUGAAUGUAUGAGAAAGGGACUUUGUUUUUUUACUUACUACUUGCAUGUCACUCUGAACUGUACGUACUGUAUGUCUGUAUUUUUUUUAAAAAGACUAGUACUAUGCAUAUAUGUGUCUUUCUCUGUAUAGUGCAAUGGUACACCCUGUCAGAUUGUCACAUACAGCGUGCACACUCAGUGGCUGGAUGAGGAGGGAUGUAUGUGGUUGACUUAUUCUAAUUUAUUUUUGCUUGCCCAAUGAAAGAUGUAAUUCAGUUGUGCUCUCCAGUGAAGAGCGCAGCACGUAUACAGACCUCCUGGCUUUAGAUUUCCAUGAAAUUAUUGUACUUUACUUUUGAAGGAUAUUCCCUCAAUGAUAAUAGCCAAUGAUCUUCUAAUGCCCAUGAUUUUAGACUGGAAAUUGAUUGCAGGAACGCUUCAAUUUGUGUUAUACAGUAAAAUGUUCAACAUGCUUUUCACACAUUUAUGACAGACUUUGCAUUCUGACAUACUGUAAGUUGCUAUAAACUAAUUGUUAUUUUAGAUGAAGUAAAAAGUUUUUAUCUUGAGUACAAUAAGACACAUACUUCUCCUUUGGUGUGAGUAUUUUGCCCUCCGUGACCAAUAUGGAUGAAAUGAAGGACAGUUUGUGACUGAAUGCAGGGUGACAAUGCAAGCCACAGAAAAGAUGUAUGAUAAAUAUUUUAUACAUACAAUAUUUAAACUGGUAGUUUGUUUCAAUAGUCUUUACCCAUUCUUAUUAGAAGGGUCAGGCUUAGUGAUAAACCUUUAUUGUUCACAUGAUUUUACAUUCUGUAGUGUAAUUUAUUUUUAUUAAGAGCUUUUGGGGGCUCUUUUCUUCUAAAUGCAUGCCAACAUACUGAACACAUACCACUGUAUUGUCAUAGCAUGAGAGGUCAUUGACAACAAAAUGGGACCUUUAAAUGAAUUAUUCUAUACAUACUGUAUCUUGUUCAUCAUUUGAAUAAAAUAUUAUUGCCUUUCUGUAA